UGUCACAUUUACUUUUCAAGUUAUCAUAAAUGUCACUAGUUUUAUUUUGGUAUCGUUUGAUGUCAUGACAUGAUUAGGUUCAGUGGGAUAUAAAUGAUACGUAUAGUUUAACAGGUGAGGGAAUUAAAUUCUGUUUUGAAGAGUUCAUCAAGCCAAGAUAAUACUGCCACAGCUUACCAGCCAUGGACCUUCACUAUUGGGUAAGCUGACAGAAGGUGUGUUCUUGAUGUGUGUUCAUUGUGUGUGCAGUUGUGUAAUUUUAAAAUCCGAAAAUGGUGAUUAUAUGAUUGUAAUGAUACUUUCGUGUAAGGCAGGGGGUCUCAAACUCGCGGCCAAUGGGCCGUUUUUGGCCCGCCACAUGACAGCAAAGUUUAGUGUAAUGCAGCCCGCGAGUUUUCCCCAUCCUCAUAUCUAUAAUGUGACCCUCCGCGACGGUUUCAGUCUAAUCUCACCGACUAGUCUAAUUCUGAUGUUCUAUUAUGUUUGCGUAGAUUAGGACGUUGAUUAUAAUGGUAAAAAUCCGUUUUAAAACCGGAAUAAAAGAUUUGAUUUCAUAUCAUUUCAUGAGACAAACAAUGUGGGCAAAGUGCGGUUUUGAGAAAAGUUUAAAAAUUCAGUUAGUGGGUUAGGCACAACCACCACUGUGUGAACCGUAGCAAUCUGACACAGUAUCAAAGAAUUCCUAUUAAAAUUACCUCUACUGUUAACGAGUUAGGGAAAUUUUCAAGCAUGUCAGCUUGGUUCCAUUUCAAUAUCGGGCAAGUCAAAAAGGCCUUUUCUACUAUAAAAAAAUAAAAUAAAAAUUCAUUCUCCGUACAAUAGCAACUUCCUUUGUAUCAAUAAUUCAUAAACAUUGCCUCCUCCUGCCUACUGUCUGUACACAUUUUAGGAUUUUAAAUCUUCACAAAGAAGGAUUGGGGGAGGGAGGUUCUGAACUAAGUGAUCCCCAAUGGCUCAUGGACUUUGCUUUUCUUGUUGACAUUACCCAGGAGAUGAAUGUACAAAAUAAUAAGUUAGAAGACCAGGGGAAGCUUGACAAUGUCAGGGCAUUCGGGACAAAAUCUGUGUUAUGGUUCUUAGAGAAACCUCUGCCAUUUCCCAACAUGAAAAGUACUCAUGGAUUCGGGAACACCAUUCAGUAGUGAGUAUAAUGAUGCCAUUGCAAAGCUACAGGAAGAAUUUGAUCACAUGUUUUUAGACUUUAAAACACAAAGAGACACUUGUCAAUCUGCUGCUGAUCCUUUCUUCUAAAAUGUGGAAGAUGCGCCCCACCCCACCCCAACUUGCACUUCAAAUGGAGCUGAUUGAUCUUCAGUGGAAUUUUAAGUUCAGGGAGUAAAAGGAAGAACAGACAAGCAUAAACAAUUCAUGAGAACAUUGCUCUACACCUUCACUGAGAUUUCCAGGCUGCUCAAGCGGAUCAUGUACCUUUUUGGGAGCACCUAUCUGUGUGAAAAGCUCUUUUUCCAAUAUGAAAUUUAACAAGUCAAAGUUCAGUGUCAAACUUACUGAUGAGCAUCUUCAAGCUUUACCGAGGGUAUCAGUUGCUUCCUCGCUCAAGGCAAAUGUUGCUCACCUGUGCAAGAAGAAGCGCUGCCAGGUCUCUUGCAACAAUAAGUAGGAGGAAGAAAAUGACGCCUAGUUUUUGAGAACCCAUAAUUUUUUUAUUUGUUAUUAAUAAAGUUUUAGCAGAUAGUACCAGUUGUACUUUAUUGAAUUUGUAAUCGAUUUUUUUUUACUUGAUGCGGCCCAGUCUCACUCAGACUCUACCUCCUGCGGCCCCCGGAUGAUUUGAGUUUGAGACCCCUGGUGUAAAGAGACACACAUGAAAUGACUUAAUUGGCUGAACUAGCUGUUAUACGAGGUGACCGAAAUGUCAGUUAUACAACGCGAUCGAAAUGGCAGUUACACAACUUGACUUAUAUGACAGUUACACAACUUGACUGAUAUGACAGUUACACAACGUUACCAGAAUGUCAGUUACACAACGUGACCAAAAUUUCAGUUACAUAGUGUGAACAGAAUGUCAUUUACACAACGUGACCAAAAUGUCAGUUACACAACGUGACCAUAAUUUCAGUUAUACAACGUGACCAAAAUGUUAGUUACACAACGUGACCAUAAUGUCAGUUACACAACGUGACCAAAAUGUCUGUUACACCACCGACCAAAGCCACGAGUCAUCAAAAUUUGACAAUUUUAUGGGAUAUGCCGAAAUGCAGGUGAGUACAUUCGAAUCUAGCAGGAUUCUGUGAACAUCAUCUUGUAUAGGGCACUCGAGUCCUGACUACAGACAUAAGACAUUCGCUAAGCCAGGUUCCGGUAAGUGGUGAAACAAGACAUUUACUCGGCCAGGUUUUGGUAAGACAUUUACCUUAAUCUGGGAAAGGCUCUCAAACCAUUAAUUCUUUGACUUGACAGGUUUUUUUUUUUAUUGCGCCGACAAAAACAUCAUGACUUGAAGAGAUAUGACAGGACGUGACAACCCGAGUUUUACAAGACUAUAUAUUUGUAAAACUUAACACUGGAAAGCAAAAUCUGCGCUCUGGUGAGAUCUUAAAUUUUUGCGCCCUUAAAGUAUAUCUAUUUCGUUUGAAAAAAAAAUAACGACUUGGGCUCGCUACGAGGAUGGCACCCGGGGGGCGGAUGCCUACUUCGCCACCCUCUGCCCCCCACUUUGUACGCCAAUUUGUGUAAAGUUGAUAUUAGGGUUUCUCAUUUCCCGGGGGUUGGCUUAUUUCCAAUCAGGUUCUUGUCAUUGGGUUCACCCUAGUCGCGGCAGAUGACUGCUUGACACCAACACCUUUUGAAGUCAUAGACGACCCAGGCAUUCAAUUCCCAGACGGGUGAGUAAUAAUAAGGCAUUCCUUCCAUGUUCUUCCCUAAUUACAUGUUGACAUCAGUGCUGUCUAAUCUUUGGACUCUGGGAGCCAAAUUUUGUGUGUGGGGGGUGGGGGUGGGGGUAGGGUUGGGGUUAGGUGUUGGGUUGGGGUUAGGGGUAGGGUUGGGAUUAGUUGUAGUGUUGGUGUUAGGGGUAUGGUUGGGGUUAUGGGUUACGGGUAUGGUUGAGGUUAGGGGUACGGUUUGGGUUAAAGGUGUGGUUGGGGUUAGGGGUAGGNACAAACAUCGCCGGCGAAGCUGGAUUCUCAGUAAUGACAAACAUCAAGUCCAAGAAAACUAGACAAAAAAAAAAAAACAACUAGAAAAACAAAACAACUUAGUGUUUUUGAAUCUAAGCUGGAAUUGUUCAUUACUGAAAUGAAUCUGUUAAAUUUUGCUCACUUCCCAGCCCUUGAAAAGGCUUGAAAACCACUUCCAGAGCUGGUCCCAAUAGAGCGAUGCAAUCUAUUUGUUAAAAAAGUUGAAGUUAGAUUCCUCAGAUCGUUUUAAAGAUCUUCGGAGUCUCACUCCUGUUUUACUUUUUGUUGAAAAUACCUUCAAGUGUGAUAUCUCCGUGGUAUCCAGAAUGAUAACAAUAUUAGGAGCAGAUGAAGGUGCGGUGCAGCUUGAAAUCAUCAAAAUUAAGCAUAAAAUAACUCUUCUUGGAAGACAUAAGAAUGCGUCGCCAACUGAAUUCUGGAUGACGUCAUGUUUCUUCAGAUGAAUUUCCACAACUAUUGAAUUUUUUUUUCAAAACACGAAGCGGCUGCUCAACGUUAUCCCCGGACAUUCGUUCAACACGUCUUGCUACAGUCUGGUGAGAAAUCAGAAAAUUUGAUCUUUGCUUUUAAAAAAAAAAAAAAAUUCUGUUUUGUUUUUUUUAAGCUCAGCAAAUAAUGAAUCUGCUCAUGCCUGAAAACAAAGAUGGAAAAUUUCCCCAUAUGAAGAUGGUUUUUGCUUCUUGGCUCAUAUCAAGCUAAUAUGAAAAGAUGCGUCAAUGGCACAGUCGCUUGAGCCAAAAAACGACCAAAAAAAAAAAAAAAGACAACAUUUCCCCUCCCGUUGAGAUCUUCUUUUUUUUUUUUAAACGAGACAUCACUCUGUCGUCUAUUAAGUUUGCUCUGAUGGGAGACACUUUCUCAAAACCUGCAUGCCCUGACUUGUGGUGCCACUGGAGAUUAGCCUUUUCCAUAACAGAAAGAGAAGUCUGGCAUAUCAAACACACUGGCUUUUCAUUAAAUAAUGAAAUUUUAAAAAAAAAUCCAUUUCCGAUGAAGCGUUAAAAGUACGUUCUCUUCUGUACUUUUAGACGAAAUCAGAGUACAACCAUGCAUUUAACAUAAGCAUGUCGUGAUUCUCUUCUGUAACAUUUCCUUUUUUACUUGCCAUUUUGGCUUGAUCUUUUUAGAAAUAAAAUAAUGAAUGCUUUCAAGAAUCGUUCGUGCUGUCUCUAAGAAUUUCCCCAUGACUGAAUUGCAUUAACAACAAACACCGCUUUUAUCCAGCAUUCUACUCCUGGAAUUGAUCACACUCCGAUCACUGAAUAUAGGCCUACCAGGUUGUACUCUGAUUUCGUCUAAAAAUACAGGAUGGACAUACUGCCCCCCCCCGCCCCCCCCACCCCCCCCCCACCCCGCCCCCCCCNNCACCCCGCCCCCCCACCCCCCCACCUAAACAGACUUUUUACUACGUUUCAACAGGCUCACAUUCCGUUCCCGACACCUUUAUUGCCCAGUUCUCAUCUUGCUAAAUCCUGUCUUUUUGAUUAGUACGCUCUAAAGCUGAUCUGCUGACGCGCUUAACAUAACACACUGCCACCUGUCACGCAUGUCUCUCCUUUCACCACAACCCUUCUUUUUUUUCGAAUGCUACCACUUCUCCUGUACUGUCACGUGAUCUCCCCAAAAAUACCGAAUCACUGAAGUUCAUUUGAUUUUUUUAACCAUUUAAAUUUAAAAUGUUUUUUUUUUUUACACACUGGUAAAAUAUCUCAAGCUCUGGCGGGCCAUUUAAAACCAGACUGCGGGCCGGCCGCAUACUGCCCGCGGGUUAGACAGCACUGUUUUAGAUGAUGUUGCAUGCAUUUAACAUAAGCAUGUCGUGAUUCUAUCCUGAACAACAUGUCAUGAUGAUACUCUGUACAAUAUGUUUGGAGACUAUUCUGUAAAACAAUUGAUCAUACAUAACACUGUUUGCCUAUUUAUUUAGAAUAAAGAUUAAAGUUGUUCGAUUUUUUUUCCAAAUUCUAUUUUAAAAACAAAAUUACAUUUUCUUGAAAAAAUUAACAAGACUAUUAUAUCGGGGAAGAUUCGGUCUGACAGGACAUAGCCACUGAGUGGCGCGACGUUGACUGGACAUAGCUACUGAGUGGCGCGACGUUGACUGGACAUAGCUUCUGAGUGGCGUGACGUUGACUGGACAUAGCUACUGAGUGGCGCGACGUUGACAGGACAUAGCUACUGAGUGGCGCGACGUUGACAGGACAUAGCUACUGAGUGGCGCGACGUUGACAGGACAUAGCUACUGAGUGGCGCGACGUUGACAGGACAUAGCUACUGAGUGGCGCGACGUUUGGGAAGACCUUCCAAAAAAUGGAACCCAACAAAACAGCGAACCCAUCACCAAAGAAACAUCAGAUAAAAACAGAAUCAAAUCAAAAUACCCCGAAACUGAAACGUUGUACCCUGAGUACAACAAAGUAACUGUAACUGCUCCAAGUCAUUUUUGUUUUUACUUAUUUCGUUGGUGUAGAAAGUCUUUCGAAAGAAAAGUCUGUUUCAUGGUGUUUUUUUUUUCUUGGGGGAUUAAGAGUUCAAACGAAAAGUCUGUACCAUUGUCCCCAGAGGAAGACAUUCACGCUAUUUACACAUGAUUUGUUUCCAAGACGUCAAUAACAUUCCUCUCAUUUACAUAUUAGGGCAGGUGGCAUUUUCUUCUUCUAGUUGAAACUGCAAGAUAGUUUAGCUAGUAAAACAGUCACAGCGUGUUAGGGUCAGCAUGAUUUCGGCUAUUUAAGUUUAGUUGAUUAAUAUUUCUUUCUUUAAAAAAAAAAUUCAAACAGCCCAAUAGAAUGUCCCAAAGCCAACGGAAAGUAUGUCCGCAUCGAUUCGCCCGAUUACUGUGUCAAAAACGAGAUUACGCCUUUCACGUAAGUACCACCUUACGGUAACUCUUGCACUAAAUUACUACGAUAACUUCAUCUUUAUGCUUAGUUGCUUCGCUGGAGUUUAUUUAUUUUUUUUAGUUUACGCUGGGAAAUCCAAGUGCAGCAUUUCAAUUAGUCAAAACUCGCGCAUUUUCCCGUUACUAAUCAUGAAAUAUUGAUCCCAACAACUUGGUUUAUGAUGCUAAACAAAUAGGGUUUAAAUUAUAAGUUUAACUUGCUCUAAACUCGCUAGUUAUUUUUUGUUUUGUUUUGUUGGACUACACAUCUUUAUCAAAUGUCAAUACUCCCUAACUAACCUCUAUGCAAUGUCAAUACUCCCUAACUAACCUCUAUGCAAUGUCAAUACUCCCUAACUAACCUCUAUGCAAUUUCAAUACUCCCUAACUAACCUCUAUGCAAUGUCAAUACUCCCUAACUAACCUCUAUGCAAUUUCAAUACUCCCUAACUAACCUCUAUGCAAUGUCAAUACUCCGUAACUAACUUCUAUGAAAUGUCAAUACUCCCUAACUAACCUCUAUGCAAUGUCAAUACUCCCUAACUAACCUCUAUGCAAUGUCAAUACUCCCUAACUAACCUCUAUGCAAUGUCAAUACUCCCUAACUAACCUCUAUGCAAUGUCAAUACUCCCUAACUAACCUCUAUGCAAUGUCAAUACUCCCUAACUAACCUCUAUGCAAUGUCAAUACUCCCUAACUAACUUCUAUGCAAUGUCAAUACUCCCUAACUAACCUCUAUGCAAUGUCAAUACUCCCUAACUAACCUCUAUGAAAUGUCAAUACUCCGUAACUAACUUCUAUGAAAUGUCAAUACUCCCUAACUAACCUCUAUGCAAUGUCAAUACUCCGUAACUAACUUCUAUGAAAUGUCAAUACUCCCUAACUAACCUCUAUGAAAUGUCAAUACUCCCUAACUAACUUCUAUGAAAUGUCAAUACUCCCUAACUAACCUCUAUGCAAUGUCAAUACUCCGUAACUAACUUCUAUGAAAUGUCAAUACUCCCUAACUAACUUCUAUGAAAUGUCAAUACUCCCUAACUAACUUCUAUGAAAUGUCAAUACUCCCUAACUAACCUCUAUGCAAUGUCAAUACUCCCUAACUAACUUCUAUGAAAUGUCAAUACUCCCUAACUAACCUCUAUGCAAUGUCAAUACUCCCUAACUAACUUCUAUGAAAUGUCAAUACUCCCUAACUAACCUCUAUGAAAUGUCAAUACUCCCUAACUAACCUCUAUGCAAUGUCAAUACUCCCUAACUAACCUCUAUGAAAUGUCAAUACUCCCUAACUAACCUCUAUGAAAUGUCAAUACUCCCUAACUAACUUCUAUGAAAUGUCAAUACUCCCUAACUAACCUCUAUGAAAUGUCAAUACUCCCUAACUAACUUCUAUGAAAUGUCAAUACUCCCUAACUAACCUCUAUGCAAUGUCAAUACUCCCUAACUAACCUCUAUGCAAUGUCAAUACUCCCUAACUAACCUCUAUGAAAUGUCAAUACUCCCUAACUAACCUCUAUGAAAUGUCAAUACUCCCUAACUAACCUCUAUGAAAUGUCAAUACUCCCUAACUAACCUCUAUGAAAUGUCAAUACUCCCUAACUAACCUCUAUGAAAUGUCAAUACUCCAUAACUAACCUCUAUGAAAUGUCAAUACUCCCUAACUAACCUCUAUGAAAUGUCAAUACUCCCUAACUAACCUCUAUGAAAUGUCAAUACUUGCUAACUAACCUCUAUGAAAUGUUAAUACUUGCUAACUAACCUCUAUGCAAUGUCAAUACUCCCUAAUUAACCUCUAUGAAAUCUCAAUACUUGCUAACUAACCUCUAUGAAAUGUCAAUACGUGCUAACAAAACUCUAUAAAAUGUCAAUACGUGCUAAUUAACCUUUAUUAAAUGUCGAUACUUUCGAACUCACCUCUAUGACACGUCAAUACUCUCGACCUCACCUCUAUGACACGUCAAUACUCUCGACCUCACCUCUAUGACACGUCAAUACUCUCGACCUCACCUCUAUGACACGUCAAUACUCUCGACCUCACCUCUAUGACACGUCAAUACUCUCGACCUCACCUCUAUGACACGUCAAUACUAUCGACCUCACCUCUGUGACACGUCAAUACUCUCGACCUCACCUCUAUGACACGUCAAUACUCUCGACCUCACCUCUAUGACACGUCAAUACUCUCGACCUCACCUCUAUGCAGUGGCAUAGGUAGAGGGAUGCGGACCGCACCGGGUGACACCAUCUCCAACAGAUGACAGCAAAUUGAAUUCUGAUUCUAAGGACAAAAAAAAUAUAUCCGUUGAUACUAAUGGACGAUUCUAAGUACCUGGCCACAGUUCUUGUACAGAUUGACCGCUUGACCUUCAAUGAAUUUCUUUUGUUCUUGCCAUUGUUACACGUUGGACUUAUUUAAAAAAGAAGAAAUCUGCCAUGGGAGUCGAGGGCAGGUGGGUGACAACACGAGUUUACCGCACCGAAUGGCACCAACCCCUAGCUGCGUCACUUUCUCUAUGACUUGUCAAUCCUCUCUCACCUCUAUAAAACGGCAUUUAUCUUGACAUAUACUUUCUUAUUGAAAUGUAUGUGUUUAAAAAAAAUUAUAAAAGUAAAUAGCUUCUCAGUCCAUUAAUCUAAAAUAAUUUUAUUCGCGUUACCCUAAUCUUGAGUGCUAGGUUUAUCUCUUAGUUAUCCACACCAUUUGAAAAAAAAAAAAUUCUUUAUCAAUGACCCUCCUUUCCUACAGAGAUUGCUGUGCUAAACGGAAGGGCUACGAAUGCACGUGGGAUAAAAUCCAGUGUCCAGGCGUAUUCUGGUAUAACAAUUUGUAUUGUAAACUGAUUAGAAGACCAAUCAAGCUACCGAAAUACGCCAAUUGCUCGUAAGUAAAGUAAUUGAGCUGGUUUUUUGUUUUGUUUUUGCAUCGAUCUUUUUGCCCGCUGAUUUGAUAGACAUGACCGUUUCACUAUCACGUGACCGGAAGUCUCACCUAAAAUGUAAUACACACAAUGAGAUCUAAUGCGUCUCUAGUUACUUGGGGGUGGGUGUGUGAAGGUUUAAUUUUUGGUUACGAGUUACGAGGUUUCUCACCACAAUAAAGUCUCUUAGAUUAAAGUUAACCAAGAACAUCUAGUUUACAAUAUAACCUGAUGCUUAAGAAGUUCGUCCUAGCAUUUCGAAAACGAAAAAUCCUUUCAGUUUUAAUAUCGUUCCAUUGAAAUGUCCAGAAGUUCAUCUUACCGACUGUAGUACAUUUGUUAAUUAAGUAUGGCGAGAAGGACAGAUGAAUCCUGUUAAAAAUUUAAAUCACUGAUCAUGUCACUCAUUUGAUUCUGCUCAAAAUAUUCACUCUGUGAAUAUGUUUGAGACCCCUUUUUAUUGCCCCCCCCCCCCCAUUUCUUUACCAUAUGCGAUGUAAGAAAUGCAAGGCUCGUCAUCAUCACAAAUAAGGAACAGACACAAAAUCACAUGUCUCCUUGCUGAAGAUAUGUCAGGGUAAGACCAAUAGUCACAAUAAAUAAUUAUUUGGUUUGAAUUCAAUUACAUUAACAAGACUAAAAUGACAGUCAGUGACAUGGUUCUUGGUUCCCUCCAUUUUACUGUGGCUCAGAUUUACUGGAAGUUUAUCUUCUAUUCGUCAACCAGAGAAAACCUUUUUGCAUACAAUAUGAAUACAACUGCACACUUUGACCUCAAGCUUGUCACUAAAUAGCUUACAGGUGUACUAUUAGCCCAACUCGGAAAUACGUGUUCUGCAAGUUUGAAAUACUAUCUAUUCUCCAAUGUCUUUAAAAAGACCAGACUGAGAAGCUUUAGAAAUAACAAUUGACCAAGUCUAAGAAAAUCGUGAUUGACCACCUAAAUAUGUUCACAUAAUUAGUUCAUGAAUCAAAAUGACUUUAAUUUUGUCCAUCACCUUGUCCACAAUUUUAAGCUAGGUCAUAGGAUAGAAAGGAAGGGGUUAAAAACUGUUUAUACACACACACAGUGUGGGUAAUUUAAACACUUACAUUGCCGAUUUUUAUUUAAAAAAAACCACUUUUUUCUGACAGUUAGAUCCCAUUUAGAGAGGACCAAACAUUUUUAUAAAUUCAACCAUGGCUUCAAAGGUAGAGGUGGUGCGGAAACAUCUGAUGCGAUUUUAGGAAUCAUCGCUAAAUAUGACAUAAUUUAUUCGAAGCAUACAUAAGGAAAAUGAUAUAUUUAUUGUCGGCCCUUGUCAGUUGUAAAAACUUUACAUCUCUAAAAAUUUAAGGCAUCAGCUAUCUCUACUAGGUGAAUAAAUCAACUAUAUCUAAUACGUGAAUAAAUCAGCUAUCCGUAAUAAGUGAAUAAAUCAUUUAUCUCUAAUAGGUGAAUAAAUCAGUUAUCUCUAAUAGGUGAAUAAAUCCAUUAUCUCUACUAGGUGAAUAAAUCAACUAUAUCUAAUACGUGAAUAAAUCAGCUAUCCGUAAUACGUGAAUAAAUCAUUUAUCUCUAAUAGGUGAAUAAAUCAGUUAUCUCUACUAGGUGAAUAAAUCAACUAUAUCUAAUACGUGAAUAAAUCAGCUAUCCGUAAUACGUGAAUAAAUCAUUUAUCUCUAAUAGGUGAAUAAAUCAGUUAUCUCUAAUAGGUGAAUAAAUCAGUUAUCUCUAAUAGGUGAAUAAAUCAAAUGUCUCUAAUAGGUGAAUAAAUCAGCUAUCCGUAAUAAGUGAAUACAUCAUUUAUCUCUAAUAGAUGAAUAAAUCAGAUAUCUCUAAUAGGUGAAUAAAUCAGUUAUCUCUAAUAGGUGAAUAAAUCGGCUACCUCUAAUAGGUGACUAAAUCAGCUAUCCCUCAUGGUUUAAUAAACCCGCCAUCCCUAACAGCUGUAUCAAUAAUGUAUCCAUCAUAGUUGCUUCCAAUGCGUCACGUCCUAUGAUUCUACUGGUCUGAAGUACUGCCCCUUGCUUUUCGGGAAAUGUGGCCCAACGGCCCUGCAGAACAUCCCAGUCAGCAUGGUUUGCGUAGACCCGAAAACUUUAGAAUCCAGGUGUUUCUCAGCAUCUUUCUGCCUCCCACAAAGGUGAGUUCUUUAAAAACACAAAACUGACCUGUUUACAAAGGAGACGUCCAUGUUUAGAGGGUUUGUCCAAAUUAGAGGACCCAUUCUAAAAGAAUCCAAAAAUAUUUUAUCGGGCUAUAAGGUAGUUGUAUUCACAUUGGCCUUAGCUUAACUGACCCAGACAGCCAAGAAUUCAUAUUGUCAUCGGCUUAACUGACCCAGACAGCCAGGAAUUCGUGUUGUCAUCGGCUUAACUGACCCAGACAGCCAGGAAUUCGUGUUGUCAUUAGCUCAAUUCAAGGGUUGCCAAAUUUUCUCUCACGGCGGCGGGCCGGAUACCGGACAAAAUGUCAAGAGCGGGCCGUAUCACCAUUCUGUACCAUGCUUGCAAGCCAGAAGAAAGCUCUGGGGGGAAAAAGACGAAAAACUAAGUUUAGCGUUUCAUGUUAAUCACCGAUGAGUGGCGUGCAAUGCACACACACACGCGUGCAAUGUACACACACACGCGUGCAAUGUACACACACACGCGUGUAAUGCACACACACACACACAAACCAAAGAAGAAAAAAACCCAAAGACAACCGACAUAUUUAUUUACUAAAAAAAAAAAAACUACAAAAGAAGACGACGACAGCAAAAAAACACACGCGUGCAAUGUACACACACACGCGUGUAAUGCAAACACACACACACAAACCAAAGAAGAAAAAAACCCAAAGACAACCGACAUAUUUAUUUACUAAAAAAAAAAAAGUAUCAAAGAAGGCGACGUUAGCAAAAAAAGAUAGUCACAUCAGAUGUAGUGCGCACACAUUCGAAUCUCACAAACUAAGCAGCAAGGUUCGCGAGGUUUGUGAAAAUGACGUUUGGCUUUUAAGAUCAGACGACGGUGGGGAGACGGAUUUACACCAGGUGGAGACUCGCGCAUGGAGGCGGAAAGCCAUGGAUCGCUCCCAAUGGAAGAAGGAUGUGGUGGAGCAGGCCAGGGCUGUAGCACCACCGAUGAUGAUGAUUUUAAGAUCAGACCUCAUCGAUGUUUGGUUUGGAAAUGCUGCAUCCGAUCAAGAGAUCCGUUUUCAACUGUUCAUCAGUCACUGUCGUCCGAUGUGAUUUUUAAUGUCCCCCGUAUUUUUCCAAAUAUUUUUUUUUCUUUUUUUUUUUUUUUAAAUUAUCUUUUCCUUUUUAAAAAAAAAAAUGAGGUCACUUAGUUGGUUUUUAAAUGAUGUCAUCAUUCUCAUUUAAAUACAUUUAGUUUCGGAAUGUCUCUGAGUUUCAACCACGUUAAAUUUCAUCAGUAACUAUGUUAACCAGUGAUAGACUGUGAUAAUGUGAUUUAUACGACCACUCAAUAUAAAUUUAUAUCUAUAGGAAAAAUGCGCCUGCUCUCCAAAUAAAGACCGAACAUUACAAUAUAAACGUCGGUCAUCUACUUUUAGAGCUUUAUUAUUUUUUUUUACGCCAGCUUAACCACAUCCUUCCCACUAGGCACUGCAAUCCGAGGAGUUAUGGUAUUCAUUACAUAUGCUGUAUGUUUAUUUUUGUUUUAUUUAGAUACCGGGGUACCGUAAUUGUACGAUUUUUAGACAAUAUUGUACAAUUUUUAGGCGUUCGAGGGUAAACAGGUCUGCAAUAAACAAGAAAAUCAAGAAACAACUAUUUAAAAUUAAAAAUGGUAAAUUUAAGGUGCAUAGCAGCCAGGAGGUCUCCGCACGUGUGAAAAUCUCCUAGUAUUCUAAACGUAAUAUUUACAUUUAAAUUGUAUCACAACUCUCGUGUUCCUUAUGGUUUUAAAAGAACAUUCAAAUGCCAUCGGCGGGCCGGAUGUACUGACGUCGCCGGCCGGAUCCGGCCCGCGGGCCGUAGUUUGGUGACCCCUGGUUAAUAGAUCCAUAUAGCCAUGAAAUCAUAUUGGUAUCAGCUUUAACUGAUUCAGAUAGCCAUGGAUUGAUAACGGCAUUGGUUAAACUGAUCCAGAUAGCCAUGAAUUCAUAGCAGCCUAAGUGUCAAAGAGAAUGACGUUUUUUGUGUGUUUUUUUGACGUUACACACUCCACAUACAUCACCGCCCCACCCAACCAAUUCCAUUUUUUCUUAAUCAAAUUGAAACCCUAAGACCCAAUCAAGACAAAAGGGGAAAAAAAAUGAAGCGCCAACUUUAAACAAUUUGAAAUGUGUUUCCUAAUAGUGUUCUGAUUUUUUCUUACCUAGAUGCGAUUGCUUUGCUUGAAAAGGAAACCAGCAAGUUCAAAUCCAAGGCACCAAUGGAUGAGAGAAUUAUAUUCUCAUUUUUUUUUUUCAAACAAUUAAAACAAGUUUUGAACAUCAGC